AUGAGUGGCGAGGAUACGGAAUCAGCACAAGAACUUGCUGAAACUUCUAGUCUUCAGCCAAGCACCGACGAUUCAUCAUUAUCUCUUCAAAAUUCACAACGUUUCAUAUUACCAUGGUCGGUUCGAGCUAAUUCACUUGUUUUGAUUUCAGAAUCUUCACUGCUGUUUGGUGGGCGCAAAGCUCGAUAUCUGCCUUUAGCAUUUACUUCAGAAAGUGAAAUAAUUGAAAAUCCAUGUCGAGUAGUAAUGUUAGGUGAUUAUGCUAGUGGUAUCAGCUUGCUCCGAAUCGAACUUAUGCAGCUAAUUUCCCCCAAAGAUAUUCCAUUUUCUAAUAAUGGAUGCUGUAAAAUGACAACAGAGGAAGGAUAUGAAGUGCAAUUAUGGCUUUUCAUCAGUAUGCAAGAUUUUGAACUAUUCUGCCAACAAUCAAAUGAAACUAUUCACUGCUGUAUAGCAUGUUACACACCAGCAAUUCCACAAACUUAUCGAAGUGUUAUCGAAAAAUGGAUUCCCGAAUUUUUGAAUAAAUACGCUGACAAACCGGUCAUUUUAUGCGCAUUAGGAGAUAGUAAUGGAUGUGAUAUUGAUAAUGGUGAAACAUUAUUUAUGAACAGUUUCUGUGAUAAUAAUUUGAUACAUAUGGAUAUUUCUUUUUUCGAUAAGGUAAACAGUAUCGGUAUUACAGUGCUAAGAAGUUUAUAA